CUGCAACCACAACGCAUACUAUUAUUAUUCGUGCAGUGCUCCCGCGCAAUGCGCUGCGCGGGACGCGUCCGAGAAUGCUCGUAGGUGGGCAGUCACCGGUAUAAAAAGCUCGAAGCAACUCAGGGCAUCCUCAUCAAGCAUCAACAAAAGCGGCAGCAAGCGAGACAAGGACCUCGACUAGCUUGAAAAGAAAAAAGACAUCGAAGGAAAAAACUCAAGGAUAUCAGGAUCACAAGGAAUGACAAACACGGACAAGCCCACGGUGGUGCAUCAGAUCCCAGUGGAUCAGAUUGAUUUCUCGCCCAACAUCAGUUCUGAUGCCGAGAACUUUUUCCAGUCGGAUGCGGACAUUGCGAGGAUGGCAGCCCGGCAAGGGAUGGUCAACUAUGAUAAGGGACAGGCUAUCAAGCUGCCGUCGAAGGUACUGGAUAUUUGUCAAGGAAUUGUUCCAGUGAAAUCUACGGCGGAGAUAUCGGGGGACAAGGACUUGAAGGAUGCGACGUUGUUCUUGGCAGAGAGCGGGCAUGUCGCGCGCAAGAUCAGUGCAGAGACCGGCAAGACGAUCAAGUUGUUCCAGGGCCAUACGGGUCCGGUGACCCGGGUAGCCGUAUACCAGACACAGCUCGGACAGGAGCGUCUCGUUACUGGAUCGUGGGACAAGACCAUCCGGGUCUGGGAUACGGAGACUAAAGAGUGUCUUGCCACCCUCAAGGGCCACACGGAUUUCGUCAAGGCACUCACGGUUCGGACGGUUGUUCUAACGGAAAAGGAUCAAGGCCUGGGUCAGGAUCGGGAUGAACAGGGGAAGGAGAAGAAGAAGAAGAAGCGGAUCGGACAUGAGUUGUUCUCGGCGUCAUAUGAUGGCACGAUCAUGCACUGGGAUCUGCAAACGUUCGAGCCGUUCCAAGGUGGGGCUGGCGGACCCUGGAAGGGACAUGUGCGCGGGGUGAAUGAUCUGUGCCUGACGGUGGAGGAGGACAAUGAUGAGCGUGCAGACGACGAUAAUGAGGAAGAAGGGAAGCAGGAUCGUGGGAAAGAGUAUUUGUAUUCAGCUGGAAGUGAUAGUACGAUCCGGAAGUGGGAUAUCGCGCAGGGACAGGGGCGAGGUGGGCAUUGUGUACAUGUCUUUGAACACCAUGAGACGACGGUUUAUAAGGUCAUUGUCGCGGGCGUGGAGAUCUGGUCAACAUCUGCGGAUAAAACUGCACGGAGGCUGGAUCUUGAGACGAAAAAGGUGGAUAUGAGGUUGGAGCAUCCGGAUUUCGUCAAGUCGAUUGCUCUGGCGGGACCUUAUGUGAUUACAGGUGGACGACAGGAAACCGUGCGUGUAUGGUCCGUAGCCACGGGCAAACUCAUCAAAGAAAUUAGCGGUCAUUUUGAUGAAGUGUCAAGUAUGGUCGUGAUUGGAUCCACAUUAUUCACUGGAUCUCUCGAUGGGACAGUUCGUCGCUGGUCUUUGAAGGAGCAAGACUUGAUUGCGCCAGUGGCUCCCAAUGAAAAUGAAGGAACUGCUAUAGCAGCAGAGCCUAGGUCAUCGAAUACCCCUUCGGUAGCCAAGGGUUCAUCAAAGGAAGAGGAGGCUGCCAAAUCGAGCAUGAUGACAGAGGAGGAGGAGAGAGAACUGGCAGAGCUCAUGGGUAGCGAUGACGAUGAUUAAUGACAACCAGGAUAUAUUGUAUAAUGGACGGUUCUUGUCUCCCCACCCCCUCUUCCCCCCUUUUUCUUUUUUGACUAGGCUUCCCGUCCCCGUAUUCCUUUCUUAACCAAUCCCGAUUCAAAGCGAGCCUACACCCAAGAACAGGGCCAGUAAAUAAACUAGAAUAUGCGUUGGUCUGCAUCUGUGGAC